ACUGGCUAUAAACCAGGCUAUCAAGGGCUCCUCCAAAACACACACACACAUUGCUACCUUCCUACCCUGUACUUGCAGUGCAUCCACGAAAUCCCCACCACACACACCAAUUAGCCCUGCCUGGCGGGCUCUCGAGACCACCCAGGACCGAAGAGGAGGUGAUGGAGACGGCUAUUGGCGCGGCGAAUUGGCUUGUCAGCAAGCUGCUGAAUAAGCUGUCCGAUGACCUGGUGGCCGCGUUUGUGGCCAGCUCUGAACUCGGCCUCAACUCCGAGCAGAUCAAAACCAAGCUCAAUUACAUGCAAGGGUUGUUGCACGUUGCGCAGGACAGGGGUGUGCACAACAACCCUGGCCUGCAGAGCUUGCUGGAGGACCUAAGCAAGAAGGCUGAUGAAGCGGAGGAUGCGUUGGAUGAGCUCCACUACUUCAUGAUCCAAGACCAGUUGGAUGGCACCAAGGAAGCGUUCGCGGACCUGGGUGAUGGCCUCUGUGGUCAUGUACUCCAUGGUCGCCAUGCUGCUCGCCACACCAUCGGUAACUGGCUUCCAUGCUUUUCUUGUUCUCGUACGCUAGAUGAUGAGUCUGCUGCUGCUACUAUUGUUACGACUAACCCAAACAGUGUGACCCAGUCUGAUAGUGGUAAUGAUGGUGGCCAUGUUGGGAAGUUGAAAUUUGAUAGGGUGGCCAUGUCCAACAGAAUCAAGUCAGUGAUAGAGGGCAUACACAACCUGUGUGAUCCUGUCUCUGACUUGCUGAAUAAAAUCCCAAAUAAUAGCACAGUUGUCACCAUAAAAAGGUCUCCCACAGGCUCAACAGUAUCACAGGAUAAACUGUUUGGGAGGAGUGCCAUCUUUGAGCAAACUGUAAAUGCGCUCACUGGUGGCACAUAUCAAACUGAAACCCUCUCAGUUCUGCCUAUUGUUGGCCCUGGGGGUAUGGGAAAAACAACUUUCACCCAGCACUUGUACAAUGAUAAGAGGGUUGAGGGACACUUCACUGUCAAGGUUUGGGUAUGUGUUUCAACUGAUUUUGAUGUUCUACAGCUCACCCGGCAGAUCCUUAGCUGCAUACCUGCGAUUGAAGAAGAAAAAUAUAAAUGCAACAUUGAAACAGCCAGUUUAGACCAGCUUCAAAAAUCCAUUGCGGAGAGACUAAAGUCCAAUAGGUUUUUAAUUGUUCUGGAUGAUAUAUGGAAAUGCAAUACUGAGACUGAUUGGAAAAACCUAUUGUCUCCAUUCACAAAGGGGGAAUCCAAGGGCAACAUGGUUCUUGUCACAACUCGGUUUCCAUCUAUAGCACAGAUGGUGGAAACAACAGAUCCAAUAGAACUGGGUGGUUUGGAGCCUAAUGACUUCUUCACACUCUUUGAAGCUUGCAUAUUUGAUCGUAGCAAACUGCCUGGGAACUAUGAAGAUGACUUAAUUGAUGUUGCAAGAGACAUUGCUAGGAAACUAAAGGGUUCACCACUAGCAGCCAAUACAGUCGGUCGGUUGUUGAGGAAAAACCUUUCUCGGAAAUAUUGGAUGGAGAUUCUUGAAAAGAACGAGUGGAGCAACACAAAAAAUGAUGACGAUAUUAUGCCAUCUCUAAAAAUUAGCUACGACUACCUUCCUUUUUAUUUGAAAAAAUGUUUUUCAUAUUGUUCCCUUUUCCCUGAAGAUUAUAAGUUUCAAAACUCAGAAAUUACUCAUUUUUGGAUGACGGUAGGUAUCGUAGACUCUAGUAGCCAAAACGAUAAGAAUUACUUAGAGGAACUAGUGGGUAAUGGUUUUCUCAUCAAGGGAGGAGAUAAUUCUGGUCAAUACUAUGUGAUGCAUGAUUUAUUUCAUGAACUAUCUCGAAAUGUUUCAUCACAAGAAUGUUUCAAUAUAUGUAAUUUAAGUUUUAGAGCCGAUGAUAUCCCAAAAUCUAUUCGGCAUUUGUCGAUCACCAUAAAAAAUGUAUAUGAUGAAAGUUUUGUAGAAGAAAUGGGUAAAUUGAGGAGCGUGAUAGACAUUGCAAAUUUGCGGAGUUUGAUGAUUUUUGAAUUACAUGAUGUAAGAAUAGCAAAUAUUUUGGAACAUACAUUUGAAAAUAUAAAGGGUCUCCGAGUACUAUUUAUAGCCAUGACAACUCAACAAUCUUUACCAAACAACUUUUCAAAUCUUAUCCACCUCCAGUACCUUAAAAUUAGUUCACCUUCUGGCUUAGAGAUUACUUUACCUAGCACAUUAUCUAGACUUUACCACUUGAAAUUCUUGGACCUGAGAGAUUGGUGGGAUAUUGAAAAGUUGCCUAAAGACUUUAGUCGUCUUGUGUAUUUACGCCAUUUUCAUUCUUCUGGAAACUUCCAUUCCAAUAUUCCUGAGGUUGGAAAGAUGAAGCGUUUGGAGGAGCUUAAAGAAUUCCAUGUUAAGAAAGAGAAUGUUGGGUUUGAGUUGAAAGAGCUGGGGGAACUGAGCUGCCUUGGAGGAGAACUCAGUAUAUAUAAUCUUGAAACAGUGAGGUCCAAGGGAGAAGCUAGUGAUGCAAAAUUGAAAAAUAAAACAAAUCUGAAAAAGUUGAGGUUGGUCUGGUCCAAGGCAGAGCACCAACCUAUAGAUGAUGAUGUGCUCGAUGGUCUUCAUCCACCAAAUAAUAUUAGAGUGCUUGGCAUUAUAAAUCAUGGUGGUACGACUGCUCCAAGUUGGUUGUGUGGCGACAUUAGCAUAAAAAAGUUAGAGUCUCUCCAUCUAGAGGGUGUAUCGUGGAGUACUCUUCCAUCUUUUGAGCAGCUAUCAAACCUCAGCAAAGUCACCUUCAGGAAUAUUAUUGGGAUGCGUUUGUUCGGGCCUGGUAUUGGUGGUGUUACAGAGAGAAGCUUCACCCAUUUGAAGGAAAUUGUGUUUGAGGAUAUGGCAGAACUUGUGGAGUGGGUGGGCGGACCUAGUAGCCACAUGUUUGCAAGGCUUGAAAGCAUCAGAAUUAAUUUUUGUCCCUUAAUCUCCUCAUUUCCAUUUUUGGAGUGCUCUCACGUAUUUACCAAACUGUGUACACUUAAUAUUUGGAAGUGCCCUGGUUUGUCUCUGUUCCCACUCAUGCCUCACACUUCCACGCUUACAUAUGUUCGCGUGGGCAAUGUUGGGUCGGGGCUAUUAUACGAUGGGAAGGAAGUUAGCAUUAAUGGGUAUACUAGGCCUCUGGCUUUCCACAUUAUGGAUAAAGUAGAGCAUAUGGAAAUUUGUGGUGUAUCACACGUUACAUUGUCGGAUCUCCAAAAGCUAAAAUCCUUGAGCACUAUACACUUCAAUAGAUGCGACGACGUGUUUUCCACAGAACUGGAUGACACCGUUCUGCUCCAUUCAGUUCAGAGUAUUCUCAUAAUAGAGUUACAGAUUACCGGAGAAUUGUUUUCAAAAGCUUUGAGAAUUUUUCCAGCUCUUUCCAACCUUGAGAUCAGCGAGUGUAGGAACCUUGGACUUCUGCCUGCGGAGGACGGAGGGCUCUCGGACCUCAGGGUGCUUCAAUCAUUUAAUGGAUCCAGGUGUGGGAAGUUGUUCUCUCAGUGGCCCAUGGGAGAAGUAGUCAACCUCAAAAAACUGUACGUACGAAAUGAAGAGGGCAUCUCUAUAGCAGGGGAUCUGCUCUCAGAGAUCGCAAGGAGCAAAUUAAUGAGUGCAGGUUCAUUCCAGCUGGAACAUCUUGGUGUGGAUAGCAUCUCGGCAGUGCUUACUGCUCCCAUUUGCAGCCACCUCGCCGCUACUCUCCACACGUUACGGUUCAGUCAUGAUCAGCGAAUGACAACCUUCACGGAAGAGCAAGAACGAGCGCUUCUGCUCCUCACGUCCCUCCAACAUCUGGGAUUUUAUGUUUACAAGAAUCUGCAGUCCCUCCCUCGAGGAUUACGUGGCCUUUCUUCUCUCAAGAGUCUAGUGAUUGAAAGAUGUGAGAAAAUCCUAUCCCUACCACCCAAGGAGGGCCUGCCCACUUCACUGGAAGAGCUAGCUGUACUUUUUUGCAGUCCUGAGGUAACCGAGCAAGCCAAAAAAUUGAACGAAGCGGACCCGUGGUUUUAUGUAUCAAUACAAGUAGAUCUGGAAGUGGAUGAUGAUGUCUAAUAUCCAUGGAUCUUGGACCUGAAAUAAACUGGAUGUAACUGGACAGGGCUUCGCUGGACCUGGGCCGCAAAAGGACCUUAGGGCCAAUAACGUUGGAUGGACUUGGAUCUCUAACUUGGACAAUCCAAAAUCCAUUCCCGUGGCCGCUGCCGCUGCCGCACCUCCGCCCGCCGCCGACUCCCUGCCUCCCUGCCUUGUGUCCGUCGCCACACCCUCCGUCCGCCGCUGACUCCCUGUCUCGUGCCCGUCGUCGCAUCCUCCGUCCGCCGCCGACUACCCAUAUCUUGUCGGCCGCCUCACCCGCCCGCCGGUGGUUCCUCUUCUUACGCCGGUCGCCGCAUGCUCGGGUGCCAACUUGGGGCCUUCUGGAUCGGAUCUGCCGCCUCCUACCUCCUGCCCUCCUGGCUCACUCCAAUUGUCAUAAUGUCAACCAGUCAAGCUACAGGGCAAGUUCAGCUUCAUGAAGGAGUGGAUGAUCAGACUACCAAUCGCAGAAGCAAGAAACGGUCAAGAGCUUGCGAAUUUUUCGGGGAGUUACCUGAGGAAGGAAAAGCCAUAUGUAUUUAUUGUCAAAAAAAUUGUCAUAUCAUCAAGGAAUUGGUUUCUAUUUCUCAUUCAUAGAUUGACGGCAUGAGCUUUAGCAUAAGAUUUUUGUUCAAAUUGAAGUGUCAGAAACCUCUACAAAGAUGGUGUUUGGAAAUCUCAAUGGAUGAACAAAGAUUGUAUUCCUGAUUAUCUACAUGCUAUUUCUCGCUGGUUUGUUCAUGAUGGAUGGUUACAAAAUACUAGUCCAGCAUUGUCCUAGUUCAGGUCUUUAACUCUGAUCGAUGUCGCAAAGUUUUGAUGUGUUGGUAUCAAUAGAACUCUUCUACUGAAGAUCAGUGGAUGUUCAAGAAUGUCUGAAAACUAUUGGUAAUUGUGGAUGAUCGAUCCACAAUUACACAAGUUGCAGAGCGACGUUUUUCUGAGAACUGACAGCCUACAUGCAUCAUGGUCCGCCAUUGGACUCCAUGUGCCGACCUGAAUAAUCAAGGCCCAUGCCGUCGCAACUCCCUCGACCUGUCAGGGCAUGAAGCAGCGGCUGGCGGCUCGGCGUGGGAGUGGUGCUGGAGGACAGCUCGAGCGGGUGGACCAGGGAGUCCAAGAAUUUUAGGUGGAGGUGCAGCGCCGCUGCCAGCUCGGCGUGGGCGUGCAAGACGGGAGCCUGCGAUCCAGGGACUGAUCUGAACAACUGCAACCGAUGGGUAUUGGCGAGCUCUCUCAGUUCGUAGUUUUGCAUCUACGACAUUAUUAUUCCAUCCAAAUGAUAACAACAACAGAACCACAUGUCUUCAUUUUGAAUCAGCAAUUCAACAAAGGCAUUCCACUGACUGCUCCCUGUUGGUGAAGCGAAAAUCCGAACGAAGUCAUGAUUCAUGGCAGCUCCGGAGGGUAGGUAGCACAACCUGUGUGCAGUCUCCUAGCUUGCCAAGCUGAUCAAUGGAGGCCAGUUCACCCUUAAACGAAUCAAGAACAACUGCAACCAAUGGUUACUGGUGAGCUUUCACACUUCGUAGUUUUUCAUCUACGGCAUUAUUAACAGAAGCAUAUAUCUUCGUUCUGAAGCAGCAAUUCAGCAAAUGUCAGUUGAUCGUUCUUUCCGGCCAAGCUUUUGGAUUUGCAUCGCAUUGAGCUAUGAACUUGGUGUAUUGAUUCAGGCAUUCCACUAACUAUGCUUCUUGUUGGCGAAGCGAAAAUCAGUACGAAGUCAUGAUUUAUGGCAGCUCCGUACGGUACGUAGCACAACCUGUGUGCAGUAUUCUAGCUUGCCAAGCUGAUCAAUGGAUGCCAGUUCACCCUAAAAUGAAUCAAGCUCUUGGAACUGAGAGGUUUUACAUCCAAAAUUAUCUCACUGAUUACAACAAACACUCAAGGGGGCACAGUAGUUGUUAACCUUAAUGAUGUGGAUCGAGAUUUCUUCCUGACUGAACAACCGCAACAGAUGGUUAUUGGCGAGCUCUCUCGGUUUGUAGUUUUGCAUCUACAACAUUAUUAUUCCAUCCAAAUGAUAACGGCAACAGAAGCACAUGCCUUCACUUUGAAGCAGCAAUUCAACAAAGGCAUUCCACUAACUGUGCUCCCUUUUGGCGAAGCGAAAAUCCGACAUGAUUCAUCACAGCUUCGGAGGGUAGGUAGCACAACCUGUGUGCUGUCUCCUAAGUUGCCAAGCCUAUCAAUGGAGACCAGUUCACCCUGAAACGAAUCAAGAAUUAUCCCACUGAUUACAACAAUCACUCAGGGGGCCUCAGUAGGUGUUAACCUUAAUGAUAGAGAUGGACAUUUCUUCCAGAAUGGAAAGAACAACUGCAACCAAUGGUUACUGGUGAUCUCUCGCAGUUCGUAGUUUUGCAUCUAUGACAUUAUUAACAGAAGCACAUGUCUCCGUUCUGAAGCAGCAAUUCAACAAAGGCCUUCCAAUAACUGUGCUCCCUGUUGGCGAAGCAAAAACCCGAACGAAGUCAUGAUUCAUGGCAGCUCUGGAGGGUAGGUAGCACAACCUAUGUGCAGUCUCCUAGCUUGCCAAGCUGAUCAAUGGAGGCCAGUUCACCCUGAAACGAAUCAAGCGUGCCAAACCCUGCUGUUACCUCAUGGAGAACCUGAAUCUUUCAACUGCUAGCUGACAGCCUAAUCAGUCCUGUAAUGCUGGUGCGCCUGCCCGUGCUAGCUGCAUCGUCUGCCGCUUCUCCGCCUACUCCAACUCCUGUCAUCAAGCUUGGCAUCUGUGCCUACUCCAAUUCUGGGGUCAACAACCUCGCCAUCUCUGCCUACUCCAACUCCUGCGGCAACGACCUGGCCAUCUUGACGCAUAUGGUUUUUGGGUCUUACCUAGAUUUCUAACUUAUCAGGAGCACUCUAGCGUGCCAUCUUUAAAUUGUAGGCUUAUUAUUUGACGUCAACCUUUACCGAAUGUUAAUUGGACUAAGUAGAUGUAGAAAGUAACAGUUCACAAAAGUCGCAUUUUACCAUGAGUUCCGUAUGGCUUGUUGAAAUAGCUGCACAAAUAACUUUGGGAUGGUUGGAAUAUUGCGUGGCGACGCACCAAAGUUACCAAUGAUCUAAUUCUUGGCUUAGGUUUGUCC